AUUUUUCCCCCUCACAGUAAUGGCGGCCUACACGAGCGUGUCGGAGGCAGUCUUCUUGUAAAUAGAAACCUAAUUUAGUUUUGAAGGCUUUUUUUUUUUUUUUUACACUAUGAAUCCGGAUAAUUGUGUCAUUGUUUUAGAGACCCUACGCAAGGCGACGAGUCAGAACGCCGAGCAGCUCAAACCUGCCGAACAGCAACUCAAAUGUUGGGAAACCGAGAAGUGGUUUUAUUCCGCGCUUCUGUCAGUUUUCUCUGAUCACAGCGUGGAAGUGAACGUGAGAUGGCUGGCAGUGCUGUACAUAAAAAAUGGCAUCGAGAGGUAUUGGAGAAAAACGGCUACAAAUGCAAUAGCAGAAGAUGAAAAGAAAUUGCUCAGGCAGAAAAUGAUAUCCAACUUCAACGAACCGGUAAACCAGCUCGCCCUCCAGCUGGCAGUGCUGGUGUCCAAGGUGGCCCGCUUCGACUGCCCUGCGGAGUGGCCGGAGCUCGUGCCGACGCUGCUCCAGGUGGUUCGGAGUCCGGAGGACCUUCCGCAGCAGAGGGCGCUGCUGGUGCUGCACCACGUCACCAAGUCCCUGGCCUCCAAGCGCCUGGCGGGGGACCGCAGGGUUUUCCAAGAGCUGGCCAGCAACAUCUUUGGCUUCAUCCUGCAGCUGUGGACGAACCAGACGGAGGGCUUUCUCGGUCAGAUGGCCAGCAAUCAGGAGAGUGUGGGCAUCCUCCUGGAGAAGUCCUACCUCUGCCUCAAAGUCCUGCGAAAGCUGGCGGUGCACGGUUUCAAGGAGCCUGGCCGGGUUCCCGAAGCAACCAUGUUUCUCACCCUGGUCUUCCAGUGGAUGAAGCCCAUGCUACAGUGCCGAAAGUCGUUGCGAUGCUCCUCUCAUCCUCAGCUGCGCCAGAUUUGCGAGAAGUAUGUCGUCCUUUUCACCAAGGUGCUCCACGACGUCCUGGAACUCCACCCUUUCUCAUACGUCCCUUUCAUCAAGCCGUCACUCGAAUGCGCCAUCUCCCUCUGUUUCACCGAAGCGGGUGAAGGUCUCCUGUUUGAGCGUUUCAUUGUGCAGUCUCUCAACCUCAUCAAGGCCAUUGUUUCCUGCGCCGAAUAUAGGCCAUGCAAGAUCCCUGACGACACCCAAGACCCGGCCACGCUGGAAGCAGCCCAAGUGAAGAUGUCCUUCUUCACUUACUCGACAGUCACCGAAAUGUGUCGCCGCCUCGUGCUUCACUACUUCCUUCUUACCGAGGAAGAGCUCGCCACUUGGGACAAUGACCCCGAAGGAUUUGCGUCGGACGGCGGCGGAGAGGCUUGGAAAUUCUGCUUGAGGCAAUGCACGGAGGUGCUCUUCUUGACCAUCUUCCACGAGUUUCGGGAGACCCUGGCUCCUUUGCUGCUCGAAAUGGUGCAGGGCAUCCAGCCGACCGUGGACGCUAAUUCCAUCAGCUUCCAAGCCAUGCUCAACAGGGAUGCCGUCUACACGGCGGUUGGGCUCGCUGCCUUUGAUCUGCACGAUGACCUGGACUUCGACAACUGGUUCCUGCACGUCCUCAUUCCCGAGCUCAAGGUUUCGGACCCAAGGUACCGCAUUGUGCGUCGCCGUGUGGCCUGGCUCAUCGGACAGUGGGUGGGCGUCAAGCUCUCUCCCGAGCUGAGGCCCGUGCUCUACAAGACCCUCGUCGAGUGCCUCGAUCCUUCCGAAGACCUGGUCGUGCGGCUCACGGCCGCCGGGGCCGUCAAGGCCGCUGUGGACGAGUUUGAGUUCAACACGGAACAAUUUCUGCCUUACCUGGAGUCCUAUGUAUCUCUCCUCUACAAACUGCUUCAACAAGUCACGGAGUGUGAUACUAAGAUCACGAUCCUGCACGUGACAUCGUUCAUCAUCGAGCGUGUGGGCAGCCAGAUCAUGCCGUAUGCCGGCGACCUUGUCCACUACCUUCCCCUGCUCUGGGAGACCUCCGGGGACCACAACAUGCUGCGAUGCGCCAUCGUGACCACGCUCGUGCAAGUGGUGGAGGGGCUCGGGGUGCACAGCGAGAAGCUUCACCCUUUCCUGCUGCCCGUGGUGGCCUUUGGGGUGGACAUUCUGCAGAGCCCUCACGUCUACCUACUGGAGGACACUUUGGACCUCUGGUGGGCCGUCCUGAACAACACCAGUUCUACGUCCACGGACUUGCUGCAGCUGGCCCACUAUCUGUUCCCCCUGUUUGAGCUCGGUUCUGAAAACAUGAAGAUGUGUCUGCAAGUUGUACAGGCUUACAUCCUGCUGUUUCCAAAAGAGUUUCUGCAGACAUAUGGGGACAGGUUACUGAAGGCAACCACCGAGCUUGUGAACGACCUGAACCGCGAAGGAAUGUUGCUCGUCAUGAGGAUGGUGGAACUUGUCAUCAGGGUGUUUCCAGAACAGGGCCCACAGUUAUUUUACCCAUUACUGAUCCACGCGUUGGACGAAUCUUUAGAAGGAGAGAAAGCUUCGAUGCUGACAUCGGUCUGCCUGUCCAUCAUUUCCCGGGUGAUCCUCCAUUGCAAGUCUUGCUUCACUAAGCUUCUUCAGGAGGAAGCUCAGAGCAAGGGCUGCGAGGUGGAGGAAGUUUUUGGGAACUUGCUGGACAAGUGGAUCGAGAAGAUGCCACUCGUGAACCCAGUCGAGAGAGAGAAGCUCCUCGCCCUUACCCUCACCUCCAUUCUCACCUCAAACUCCAACGCCGUGUACGAGCGUAUCUGUGGGAUCCUGUUGGCCAUUGUGGAAGUGCUGAACGACGUAACAAAAUGUGACAACCUGGGAGCUCAAGUGGACUCUCUGGUAAUGCUCGACAACGAGCCAGUCCCGACAGGUGAAGACGAAAGUGAGCACGACUCUCGCAAGAUUGAGCUGUCCCGGCAAGAUCCCGUGCACACCGUGGCACUGAAGGACUACCUGUGCUCACAGAUGCGAGCCCUGAGGGAAUCGCUCGGGGACCAGCACUUCGAGGAACUAAUGUCCCAGGUCGACGUGGAAACUAUGCAGCAGCUGAAGCUCUAUCUCGAGGGCCCAGGCGUCUCCCAGCAGCAGAACCACGCUUUGGGAGGGCACAACGUGCUCGACGUCCCCCGCAUCGCCAACUCGAACCCGACGUGAUGCCGUCGUCUGCCCGUGCUCGCCCCCGGCGUACCCCCGACUUUCGCCUGUCGUUCUACGACUUUGGUCCGGCAUUCGCUCCACCUUUGCGCACUGCCGGGAAGGAUCUGUAAGGUACUGAGGAGGAAAACGAGAAUGUUAAAAAAAAAAGGGGGGGGGGGGGGGGGGGGGGGCUUGUGGUUUGUUGCUUGGAAAGAAGGCCGCCCUUGUUCGUACGCGUCUUUGGAUGGUGAAAGAGUGCUUUUGAUGCAGAGACCAGUUUGGGAGGAUGGAGAUCCAGUGGGCUGUUAUUGCUUACUUGCGUGAACAUGCUUCUUUCAUUCUGCUACUGUUGGAAGGCGGGGGGGGAGGGGGACGAGCGAUCGGUAACUUGCAAAGGUGGAGCCGUAUUGUGUGCAUCAAAAGCUGCCCCUCUCUUCUACUGCACAGUAGCAGUCGCAAUAAAGUAGAUCACCCAUGUAGCUAAUGUGUCAUUCACUGUCGGAAGAUUUAACGUUGAGAGUUUUUACACUGUCCAUCGUCGAUACAUUUCAGAAAGUGUAUUGGAUGAAGUUGUGAAAGAAUGUGGGAAAACUAAAUCUCCGUCUUAAAUUGAGAAAUUAUCUUAUUCUAUAGAUAUGGAGAGGUACUAUUUUUGACAUCAUUGUAGAUUGUUUCUGUCGAUUUGAUGUGGCCUUUUUGGGGUGGGAGCAACUGUGCAGGGGUUUUCACCAACUACUGAGAAUGCUUUCUCAAAAAAGGGGCAGUUAAAGUUUAAAAAAAAUUCUUCCUUCGAAACAAUGUUAUUGACUGUGGCAGACGUCAGGUAGAGAGUGCGAAGUGAUAACUAACAAAUUAGUUGCGUUCAACCCACUAAUGAACUUCAAAUACAUUCGCUUUAGCUGUUGUUUUCCGGUUGGAAAUUUCUUGCCCCCCUUCAAAAUAUGCAGUUCUUAGAGUUCCGACUACUAAACAUUAUUUUGUGCUGUUCUCUGGCAAAGUUAGGCUGUCUGGAGUUCAUCACACGGAAGUAGAAAAAAGUGGCAUUUACGAAUCAUUGCGAAUAUCUUCGGGAGACCUGCCCCACUCUGCUCUUUUCUGUGACCACGUGACCCCGUGACCCCGUGAUGCAGCAGAGUGUGGUGCUUCUUUUUUUAUGACUCCCCGAAAUAAUGUGGCACUGUCUGAUUGGCUCGCAAUGAUUGGCUACUCACACCCGCUGCGGACGUCACUUCCAGGUGGGACUUCCACCGCUUUUUUCUUCAUGUUUCCAGUAUCUCAUUCUGACAGAUUCAAUUUGUCAGAAUAGAUUGUGGAGCAGAAUUUAGUUGUCUAAAUUUUAACAGCAGCCAGGGCAUAUUUUGAUGUCUGCCAACACAUUCCCUAAUUGGAAUGUGCCAGCUAAGGCUAUCAUUACAAAAGUUAAUUAGUGGAUUUCAGGUAAUUGAUCCGCUAAUUAUUAUUUUACACGCGACUUAACGUCCUUUGCAGUCGACAGCAUUAUCCCGAAGGAGUCAUUUCUUGCUUUUUGCUUAACAUUGAUGACUUGACACAGUAUGGUGUUUAUUUGAAUAGAUAUAAAGAGACAGGAAAUAAAUAGCAGCUUAUGUUUUAAUUAGUGAUUUCCCUUUUUUUUUAUUUAGUUAUAUUCUUACUACUGUUGUGAACUCCUAUUAUAUAUCUAAGUUUCACUAUCUACUGUAGAUUCCUAGACCACAGUACUCAAACGUGCAGACGAUUUCUUUCCUGAAGCAAAAGUAACUCAAAUUGGCAUAAUUAGAAGAAAAAAAGAUUGAGGCUUAAAUUGUAUUUUAGCUUCUGUUUUAAGUUUCACAGAAAGAAAGCAGUCAAAAGUGGUUUUGUCUCUAAAACCUUGAUUAGAUGCCUUCGUUUUGAGCUGAAUUGCUGUACUAUACUCCGUUUCAGCAUAACUUGGCAAAGAGCAAUCACUAUGCCCCUCUGAGCCAAUCACAGGGACGGAUCAAAGCACGCUGGGAUGAUCUGUCACAUGCCCCAUCCGACACUGAUUGACUCUGAGGUGUCAGCUUCUACUGUUUGCCAAAUUGUGAUGAAACAGUAUGGCAAGUGAUGGGUUUAAAUUGUCUAAACUUGCCAGAUAUUUUAAAAGUUUCUGUAUUCAAAUACACAGCACUCUGUGUUCGGAAGUUUACGAAGGGCAUACUGACCCACUUUCUGAGUUGCAGGGAUUCUAAUCUUUUUACGGUCUACCACAGAUAUGUCAGGCUUGCGACCGAACGGGGUUAUUUACUGCCGAGGAGAAUUAUUUGCAUAAAGUUAAGAGUUGAGGCUUUGUUUGUGGAUAUGAUAUAUGGUUGCAUUGAUUGCUCCAUGUGCCUGCAUGCAUUGUAAGAGUAGCUGCUGAGAGGGGCCCAAAUUCAUUGCGGUGAUUUCAACGACGGAAUGGGGGAAGGUUGUGGGAGGCCUUCAGACGAGUUGUAUAGAACACGCUUUGACACUAAGAAACCCAUGAAAUGGGAUUCUUUGACGGGUUGCAAUUUAUUUUUCGUAGUGUUGGUGUGAUUUACUGCUGCCUGAUUGAGGCUGGUUUUUGUUUACCUGAUGAAUGUCUUUUGUUGGGGGUGGGGACGGAGGCGGGGUUUGUGCGAAAAUUGUGUACUAUAAUUGCACUUCCAGGGUUUUUAAUUUUUUUUUUUGUUUUAUUUAGACAUAUGCAGAUUUUUAGUUUAACUAGUUGUCAAACUACCCUUUUGGUUUUUCUUAUUUCCAUGUUGCUCCCAGGUUAAUUGUGACUUCUGUAACAACUCCUACGUGACGGAAUAGUAAAGGCAUGUCGUAAUAAUUAACAGGGAACGGCGAUCUGUGUUCGUGUUCUUCCUUGGACAUGACAUUUCAUGAAGCCAUUUGCUCGACUUCAAUUCUUGGCUGUUCUAUCUUUGUUACCAUUCCUCAUGCCAAUGAGAAAAAUUGUGCCAUUGCAUUUUGAGCAAACACCAACUGCAUGGGCUGUUGUUGAUGAGUCCCUAAAGCUUUAGCCAAGAAGAGGCGUGACAUGGUUUGAACUACUGCUUCCGUGAGGACAGAUUGACGAGUUAGCCACUAAAGUUUCUUCUCCCGCUGCUAACAGUGUUUAAAUAUCUUUCAUUUUCCUGGCUGUGUCUGCAACAUUGAAAACCCUUUGAUUGAACUCCUCAGAGCUGCGCAGGUGUGUAUGUGAUUGUGUGUAUGCAUAAAGGUGGAGACUGUUAAUAAAUGUUGUUUCCCACACA